CUUGUAAUAAACACGUAGAAGCAAAAGACAUCAAGAUGAAAUUGGCGAUUGUAUUUUUGGUUUUGGCAGUAGUUGCCUUGGCUUUAGCUGGUGAAGCAAAGCAAAAUCAGCGUAAACAUGGACAGAGGUCUCUUCAAAAUGCUGGUCACAAAGGAGCUGCAAGGAAGCAAAAUAAUCAUAGUGCAUCAGCCAAAUUUUUGUCCAGGAAUCGACGAGCCAAUCGAAAUGAAGAGGCAACAGCAAAUGAGGCUGUUCAUGAUAUAGAUCGUGAACCAGAACAUGAAGGAGGUGCUGAACCUGUAGAAGAUCCCGAUCAUGAAGUAGUCAUUGAUGGUGAUGUAGAAGAUCAUGAAUCUGGUGUCGACGGAUAUUCUACAAAUAAUGAUUAUAGUACUUACAACGCAGAAAGUACGAAUGAUGCUAUUGAAGCAGCAAAAAAAGCUCUGAACAAAGCCAUUGCCCUCUUCAAACAAGCUCGUAAAGCUUUGGAACCAGUUGGCGAAGAAACCUUGAGCUUAGGACGUGCAGUUUUGAACCAUGUAAGUUCUGGAAAAUCCAAAAGAUCAACAAACAAUGUCACAGCACACAUGAACAAAUUGCAAAAAAGUGUAGACAAUGCCUCCAAAAAACUUGCUCCAAUUGCCAAUGAGGCAGUGGCAGAGGCAUCGAAAUUAUUCAAAUCAUUCAGCAAAUUUAUACCAGUGUAAGUUGUAUCCAACACAAGACGCUAUUUUGGAUGUAAUAAUAAUGAAUGAUUGCCAAUUGGUACAUAUAGGACUGAAGAAAACACUACGGAAAAUAAUUUUGAUGUAAAUAAAAUUUAUUUCAAGAGAAUGAGCACUACCCUGGAUGAGC